AUGGCCUCCGCCUCCGCCUCGUAUGGCACCCUCCUCCACUUGCCCAACCCGAUCCACUCCCGCCACCUCUCCAUUUCCCCCGCUCGCCGCCGCCGCCGCCCCGCGCUCUCCUCCGCAGCCGCGCGCCUCCACAACCCCUCCGCCCCCGCGGCGCUCUCUCGUUUGGGCCCGGUGAGGAGAGCCAGCGCGACCCCACUCGCGUCCGAAACAGAGGAGGAGACGGAGGCGCAGUCGGAAGACGAUGACGACGAGCAGGGGUGGACGGGCGGCAUUGGCGCCGCGGCGCGCGGGGAGGAGGAGCAUGGCGGCGAGGAGCCGGCGGGAGAGGAGGAUUUGAGCGGCCGGACGCAGCGGCAGCCGCGGCCGUGCGAGCUGUACGUGUGCAACCUGCCGCGCAGGUACGGCGUCGACGAGCUGCUCGAGCUCUUCGGGCCACACGGCACCGUCCUCUCCGUCGAGGUUUCACGCGAUGCCGAGACCGGAAUUAGUCGAGGAUGCGGUUUUGUUACGAUGCGUUCGUUUGCAGAAGCUAGAACAGCCGUCAAUGCUCUAGAUGGAAUUGACCUGGAUGGGCGUGACAUGCUUGUAAAACUAGCGGCUCACGUCGUUUCCAAUAGGAGAAAUCCCACCCUGACCCAUACACCACCCAUGAAGGACCAUAUCUUUGAAAGUCCGUACAAGAUAUAUGUUGGCAACCUUGCAUGGUCUCUUCAACCUCAACAGUUAAGAGAAUACUUCACUCAGUGCGGAACUAUUGUCAGUACAAGGCUGCUGUCAGAUCGCAAAGGAGGGAAACACAGAGUCUAUGGGUUCCUUUCGUUUUCUUCAACAGAGGAGGUUGAGGCUGCGUUAAAGCUUAACAACACGAACUUUCAAGGACGGGAUAUUAUUGUCAGAGAAGCUCAUGUACAAACGCCAGAUACGCAAGCUCAGAGAAGCUAAGCCCUGAUUGUUAGACAUGCAAGCCCCUGCGUUUUUGUCUAGCUUAUUUGCAUAUUGAGUUCACUCAGGCACAGGAGGCACAACUAAGUAGCUAACAUCUUUUGUAUUAGUUGGCAAGUAAUUGAGCGUGAUGUACCAUCGCAAAAUUUUCAAACACAAUCAUUGACAUGAAUCGCCUGACUGAGUCGAACCAUAUAUUGACGAGUCUUUUU